AUGGAUGACAAUGUAUAAGAGUCAGCUUACUUACUCAGCAUUGCAUAUCUAUUAUUGGGUUUGAUUUUUAUAUUCCUGGCAUUAUAUAGCAUACCAUGUUUAUGGAAGGCUUGGAAAUGUCGACAAUUCUUCCCAAAGGUUUUUUAUCUGUUUAUAUUGGCAAUCUGCAGUGAUCAAGCCACGUACUAGUUACUCUAUUUAUAUGAAGUCAUUACAGCAAUAAAGAAAGAAAAAGAUGAUUAGUCAUAAACAGAAUCAUUCCGCAUUAUUUUCUUUCAAACAAUCUAUGUUCCAGAUGCUAUAUUUUUUGUGAUUUACUUCUCAUUAUUUUGGCAGUUCUUAAUUAUGAUGCAUCACGGUAGAAUUAAAACUGGUAGCAUUGAUAUUGGAAAAAGGAACUGGAAUCCAGAACAAGCAAAUUCCAAAGUGCGUCUAAUAUUAUACUUAUACAUCAUAGGCUAAGCUAUUGUGAUAUGGUAAUUCAUGGCUUAAGAACUAUCGCCGAAAGCUAUAAUGAUAUGUGAUAUAGCUGUUAAUGCUUCCGUUCCAAUAAUUGUGGUAAUAAUGGUUUUGUACCUAAAUAUUAAAUUCUCAGGAUCGCCUUUUGUUUCAAACAGGUAUGAAAAGAGUAACAAUAAAAUACAAUAACUAUUGUGGAUAUGGAUUUUACUAAGAAUUCCUUAAUUGGCUGUUAAUGUAAUAGUUGUUGUCUACAAUGAUGAUUUAAUAGCUUUAAUGGGUGGAAAAUUGGAAGUAACCUUUAUUGAAUAGCUUUUAUUGAUUUUGUUUAUAGUUGGAGAUAUUAUUAUUGUUUAAAUUAUUCCUGUUUUGAUGGCAAUGUCUAAUAGUUUCUUGAGUGCAUUACUGCUUGAUCACUACAAAAUAAAUUAAAUUAUAAGUGUAGAAGCUUUUUCAGGUGAUAUAGAUCAUUAAUAGCAAGGAUAGGGGAUAGUUCCAACAAAAAAUACAACAAGAGAUUACUCUUUAUUUAUUAACCUAAAGUUAAAGGAUUUAGAAAUCAAUGAUAGAUAAUUCUUUAGAAAAUAUAAUGGAUUUGGGGAAAUUAAAAUUGCAACAUUGCAAAAAGACUCAAAGUAAUAUGCACUAAGAGUUGUGCAAUUUAAAGAAUUAAGUACUUUUUUAAUUGAUGAAACAAAAUAAGAAAUCUAAACAAUCAAUAACAUUAGAAAGGGAUAUAAAAUAUUUUGGUUUGAUUGUAAUGAAUCUAGCAUUUAUCUUUUAUCUAAAUUUUAUCCAAAUUCAAAUUUAAAUAACUUUAUUCAUAAAAAUACAGAUAAUGGAAAUGAACAAAUAAAAGUUAUUACUACCUCUUACACUAAUAAAUAAUUAUUAAUUCGAGUGAAUAUUGCUACUGAUCUUAUUAAAGAAAUCUAGAAUUUGCAUGAUUAAAGUAUCAUUCAUGGACACCUAAAUUCAAAUAAUAUCUUAUUUACAGAUAAAUUUAAAAUAAAAAUUGUUGAUUAUGGACUAAGAGCAAUAAAAAAAUAUGCUAGUUUGGUUAAUGGAUAUUGUAACAAGAAUGGAUUUACAGCACCUGAAUGUUUAAAUGAUAGAGGAAGUGUAGUUUCGUAGAUGGCCAUAAAAGAAUCAGAUAUAUAUUCAUUUGGAAUGAUUCUCUAUCAUUUAUUCACAGAAACUGUACCCUUUUUUAAUAUGCCACAAAAAGAUAUAGUUCAAUUAGUUAAGGAAUAGUAAUCUAGGCCCAAAAUUCCGGAAUCAUUUAAUCCAAAUAUAGCAACUUUAAUAAGAUGCUGUUGGUAAUAAGAACCAAUCAAAAGACCAAAUUCAAGUUAGAUUCUAUAGACUUUAAAAUAAAUAUCAGAAAGCUUAGAAUGA